AUGAUUAGUGAAGCUUUGAGGAUUUUUGAUUUGAUUGCGCGGUCUAACUCAGUUACUGCUCAAAUGUUCUGGCUAAGAAAAUUGAGUUUUAAAUCUGUUGCUGACGUUAUCCUUGUUGGAAGACGAAUGCGUAGUCUUAUAGAGAUGGAUAAGGGAAGUAAGGGUUGGUGGGAAUUUCCUAGAUGGAGUCGUGUAUAUGAACAAGGAACGGAUGAAUACAUUGAGAAAGCCUUUGCUAUAAGGUCCCAAGGGAACCAGAUUAGUUGCCCAUGUUCUAAUUGCCAUCAUCGAUAUUGGUAUGGUAGAAAUGACGUAAGAGAUCAUAUUAUUUGCAGUGGCUUUGUGCCAAGAAACGAUGAAACCUUUCAUCUAGGAGGGAUGAGCCCUGAAAGAGAAGUUGAGGAUCCUCAACACGAUGAACCAUCGAACAUUAAUGAUCGUAUACAAGAGUUGUUGAGUGAUGCUUUGAGAGAAGGGCCAAAUGAAGAGGCGAAGAAGUUUUUUCGCCUGAUAGAGGAAGGCGAACAAGAGUUGUAUCCGGGUUGCAAAAAAAUGUCUAGACUUGCCUUCACAAUUCGCCUCUACAUUUACAAGUGUGACGAGGAAGGCGAACAAGAGUUGUAUCCGGGUUGCAAAAAAAUGUCUAGACUUGCCUUCACAAUUCGCCUCUACAUUUACAAGUGUGACCAUAAGUUGUCAGAUGUUGCAACUGCUGGUUUACUAAAUUUCUUCAAGGAAGUUCUCCCCGAUGAUGCAAUAUUGCCCACAUCUAUGCACAAAGCGAAGAAAGUUUUAAAGUUGUUGGGGUUGGACUACAAAAGGAUAGACGCUUGCCCUAAUGAUUGCAUGUUAUAUUGGGCGAAGCAUGCAAACGCAACCAGUUGUCAUGUCUGUGGAACUUCAAGAAUUCCAUCUAAAGUUCUAAGGUACUUCCCAAUCAAGAAGAAGUUGCAAAGGUUGUACAUGUGUGCCGAAACAGCAAGUUUUAUGACAUGGCAUAAAACUGCAGGAGAGAAGGAUGGGCUUUUGCAACAUCCAGCCAAUGGUCAAGCUUGGAUCAACUUUGACAAAAUAUAUGAAAGCUUCUCCAAGGAACCCCGUAAUGUGAGACUUGCAUUAGCCACUGAUGGUUUUAAUCCUUUUAACACAAUGAGCAUUGUGCACAGUACUUGGCCAGUCAUUUUGAUCAAUUACAACUUGCCUCCAUGGUUGGCAACAAAGUCCGAGUUUUUAAUGCUUUCAUUACUUAUACCUGGACCUUUGUCUCCUGAAAAUGCCAUUGAUGUCUAUUUACAACCACUUAUCAAAGACCUCAUCAAUUUGUGGGAGUUUGGCCUAGAAACAUAUGAUGCUUCAACCAAUUCAAGGUUUGACAUGCAAGUAGCUUUGGUGGGUACCAUUAGUGAUUAUCCGGGUUAG